AUGGCUAACAUUGAUAAGGUUUCAGAGGUUCUGAAGGUGUCUACUCACCAAAUCAACCUGCUUACCUCACCUACUUUCUUACCAAAGGUGAAGGAUCAAGGGAAGUUCACUCUCCCUUGCACACUUGGGCAUAUUGAGCUUGACAAUGCCUUGGUGGAUUCUAGUGCAAGCAUCAACCUGAUCUCCUCAAAUGGCAGAAAAGCUUGGCAUUGCUGGAGCAUUGCAGCGCCCUACUACUUCAAUCAUGAGAAUGCAUCAUCCAAACUGAUCACUGUCAUGGAGAUGGAAGAAGAGAAGGAUCUACCUCUGCUAUUGGGAACCCCAUUCCUUAGCACAGUUGGCGCUUCAAUAGACUUUCACAAGCAAGAAGUGAUUCUUCACAAGGUUGACAAAGAACCAAGAGUUGUGAGAGAUAAGGUUGAGAAGGAUCAAAGAGUUGAUAAGGACCAAGGAUUGAGAAACCACGCCUUGAGAGGCCUAGAGUUGAGAGACCACGAUCUGAUAGGCCACGAGCUGAUAGGCUUGUUCAAGCACCUUGUGUCCUUGAUGAAGGAAAGCCUCCAAGCUUUGUUUGAUGAGCCACUAGGAAGCGCUCAAAAAGAAGGGGAGGAUGCAGCCUCAAAGGCACUUGUGGGAGAGAAAAGAAAGAACCCAUCAGCUCAGAUUGAGUACAAGAUAAGGUACAAGGGGAGAUCAAGACCAUUCUCUAGAGCCAAGGCCUUGGUCACUUCAGAGCAGUCCAGGGACCCAACCAAGCUAAAGGAGCUCCUAUCCCAAGUCCUCACUAUCACCCUUGAUGGUGGGACUAGCUCAACCAAUGCCUAA